UGGACGGUCCUGAUUCCUUUCGUGUCACGCAGUGCCGGAAGUGGCGGCUGCUGCGAAAAAUUUGAGAUGGGGACCUCCCUUGACAUCAAGAUUAAAAGAGCGAAUAAAGUUUAUCACGCUGGGGAGAUACUCUCCGGUGUGGUGGUCAUAUCUAGUAAGGAUUCCAUUCAGCACCAGGGGGUGUCUUUGACAAUGGAAGGAACUGUAAACCUCCAGCUCAGUGCCAAAAGUGUGGGUGUGUUUGAAGCUUUUUAUAAUUCUGUUAAGCCCAUCCAGAUUAUCAGCAGCACCAUAGAAAUGGUGAAGCCAGGGAAGUUUCCCAGUGGCAAAACAGAAGUUCCUUUUGAAUUUCCUCUGCACGUGAAGGGUAACAAAGUUCUGUAUGAGACUUACCAUGGCGUGUUUGUCAACAUUCAGUAUACACUGCGCUGUGACAUGAAGCGGUCCCUGUUGGCCAAGGACUUGACAAAGACCUGUGAAUUCAUCGUUCACUCUGCUGUAAGCUGCACCGGGGGCUCUGGUAGAGCCUCACUCCCCAAAUUUCUCAUUAGAGGACAUCUCAAUUCAACGAACUGUGUCAUCACGCAGCCUCUCACAGGAGAGCUGGUGGUGGAGAGCUCAGAGGCUGCCGUCAGGAGCAUAGAGCUACAGCUGGUGCGCGUGGAGACCUGUGGGUGUGCAGAAGGCUAUGCCCGUGAUGCUACAGAGAUCCAGAAUAUCCAGAUCGCUGAUGGGGAUGUUUGUAGGAGCCUCUCUGUCCCCAUAUACAUGGUCUUCCCCAGGCUGUUCACCUGCCCUACACUGGAGACCACCAACUUCAAAGUGGAAUUCGAGGUGAACAUUGUUGUGCUGCUGCAGGCGGAUCACCUCAUCACGGAGAACUUCCCACUGAAGCUCUGCAGGAUAUAGCCCAGGAAGGGCGCAGGGAGCACACGCCACCCUGUGGAAGUCCAGCAGGUUAUCCCACUUCUGUAGGGAGCUAAAGCCAGCAGCAUAUGCCCAUUUUCACGAUUACUCUGCAUCAGAAGUGACAGGGACUCCUGAAGUUUCCGUUUCUUCAUUUCCUCAAGACUUCUGCUUCCACCAGGAGCCUCUAAUCAGACAGUUUCUGUGAAAUGUAACAGGAUUUCUUAAUGCUGUUGGCAGGAUGAUUAUUACAUUCAGUGGAUCCUGACUUACCUGUUCUUCUAAAGCACAGUUGUAACAACAGUUUGGGCUUUCUUGGAAAAGGAAAUCACAGGGACAACAGGAGCCUCUAACUCGCUGAUGGAGUAGCCUGGAACGCCAGCUGCCCGUAUUCGCUACUUAGGAAGUUGAUAGACACCCUCCAAGGGUGGGUGCAGAGUUGUUUUGGUUUUCGUAUUUUUCCCUCUACUCUAAUCUGUAGUUCUUCUCAUAUUUUUCACCAUAACUUCAAUUUUUAGGGAGCUAGAAAAGAAGUAUUGCUUGCUCUCAUAGAACUGAAGGGAUCUGGCUGGUGCAGGAAUGUCUCCAGAACUGGCAUAAAAUCUCACGCUGCCAUAUUUCUUGAUUGUAAAUGGAGCUUAUGUAAGGGGCACAAAUGUACGUCUGUUGCUGUUGUUACUGGAUGUGUCCUGAACCACUGGAGACCUGCCCCACGGUUUGUGGUGAAGGCCUCUCUCCAAAGAAUAGUGCCAGGAAAACAUCCUCAACUACAUAAACAUAGCCUGCGUCUGAUCCUCCUGAAGGACCUAUGUUUUGGGCCAGAAUGUUUUUUUGGCCAAAAGCCAGUUUUUCCUCAGUCGCACUUUGUGGUUUGAAGAAUAUGGUGAGUCUGUUGCAAUACAUUUCUUCCUUCAAAUCCUACUCGCAAGUGAUGGAACCCAUGCUGCUCUGCACACUAACUGGCCUUCGCUGUAGUCCUGGGCAAGGCAGGCUUCUGCUAAAGGCCUCCUGGGCUGUACUUCCCCACAUUGUCCUGUAACAGUGGGGAUUUGUACUGCGCAGGCAGUCAGUCCUUAUUUACACACUGCUUUAUCCAGGCCUUCACCGGUGAAAUUACAAAAAUUACUGAGUCAUUUGAAAGUUGGUUCCCAGAAAAUACAUUUCUAGUUUAUAAAUCUCUUUUAUUCACAUGACAUUAAUAAUUAUGUCCUUAAUGAUGUGUUAAAACUGAGUAGCAGAAAAUAAAGAGGCCAUACUUUCUGGGAAAUUAAAGAAGA